AUGAUACUAGGGGGUGAGUUGUCUGGGUACAGGGCUGUUGUGGGAGCGGAGGUCCCGCUCACAGCUUCCUCUCUUCUCCCUGGGGUGGGGCCAGCCAACAAGCACAAGCCAUGGAUCGAGGCAGAGUACCAGGGCAUCGUCAUGGAGAACGACAACACCGUCCUGCUGAACCCACCACUUUUUGCCUUGGAUAAGGAUGCCCCCCUGCGCUAUGCAGGUGAGAUCUGUGGCUUCCGGCUCCACGGGUCUGGGGUGCCCUUUGAGGCCGUGAUCCUGGACAAGGCCACCGGAGAAGGGCUGAUCCGAGCCAAGGAGCCAGUGGACUGCGAGGCCCAGAAGGAGCACACCUUCACCAUCCAGGCCUACGACUGUGGCGAGGGCCCCGAUGGGGCCAACACCAAGAAGUCCCACAAGGCCACCGUGCAUGUGCGGGUCAACGAUGUGAAUGAGUUUGCCCCAGUGUUUGUAGAGCAGCUAUACCGAGCUGCAGUGACCGAGGGGAAGCUGUAUGACCGCAUCUUGCGGGUGGAAGCCAUCGACGGCGACUGCUCUCCCCAGUACAGCCAGAUCUGCUACUACGAGAUCCUCACGCCCAACACCCCCUUCCUCAUAGACAACGACGGGAACAUUGAGAACACAGAGAAGCUGCAGUACAGUGGAGAGAGGCUGUACAAGUUUACAGUGACAGCUUAUGAUUGCGGGAAGAAGCGGGCGGCAGAUGAUGCUGAGGUGGAGAUCCAGGUGAAGCCCACCUGUAAACCCAGCUGGCAAGGCUGGAACAAAAGGAUCGAAUAUGCACCAGGUGCUGGGAGCUUGGCUUUGUUCCCUGGCAUCCGCCUGGAGACCUGUGAUGAGCCACUCUGGAACAUUCAGGCCACCAUAGAGCUGCAGACCAGCCAUGUGGCCAAGGGCUGUGACCGUGACAACUAUUCAGAGCGUGCACUGCGGAAACUCUGUGGUGCUGCUACUGGGGAGGUGGAUCUGUUGCCCAUGCCCGGCCCCAAUGCCAACUGGACAGCGGGGCUCUCCGUGCACUACAGCCAGGACAGCAGCCUUAUCUACUGGUUCAAUGGCACCCAAGCUGUGCAGGUUCCCCUGGGUGGCACAGCUGGACUGGGCUCUGGGCCCCAGGACAGCCUGAGUGACCACUUCACCCUGUCCUUCUGGAUGAAGCAUGGCAUAACUCCUAACAAGGGAAGGAAGGAAGAGGAAAGCAUCGUGUGCAGCACCGUCCAGAAUGAGGAUGGCUUCUCUCACUACUCACUGACUGUCCAUGGCUGCAGAAUUGCCUUCCUCUACUGGCCUUUGCUAGAGAGUGCCCGCCCGGUCAAGUUCCUCUGGAAGCUGGAACAGGUCUGUGAUGACCAGUGGCACCACUACGCUCUGAACCUCGAAUUCCCCACUGUCACUCUCUACGCUGAUGGCAUCUCCUUUGACCCUGCCCUCAUCCAUGACAAUGGCCUCAUCCACCCGCCGCGAACGGAACCUGCUCUCAUGAUUGGGGCCUGCUGGACUGAAGAGAAGAACAAAGACAAGGAAAAGGGAGGAGAUGACGGCACUGACGCCACGCAAGGAGACCCCUUGCCGAUCCACCACUACUUCCAUGGCUACCUGGCUGGUUUCAGCGUGCGCUCAGGUCGCCUGGAGAGCCGCGAGGUCAUCGAGUGCCUCUACGCAUGUCGGGAGGGGCUGGACUAUAGGGAUUUCGAAAGCCUGGGCAAAGGCAUGAAGGUCCACGUGAACCCCUCGCAGUCCCUGCUCACCCUGGAGGGGGAUGAUGUGGAGACCUUCAACCAUGCCCUGCAGCACGUGGCUUACAUGAACACUCUGCGCUUUGCCACGCCUGGUGUCAGGCCCCUGCGCCUCACCACUGCUGUCAAGUGCUUCAGUGAAGAAUCCUGUGUCUCGAUCCCUGAAGUAGAGGGCUACGUGGUGGUUCUCCAGCCUGAUGCCCCCCAGAUCCUACUGAGUGGCACUGCUCAUUUUGCCCGUCCAGCUGUGGACUUUGAGGGACCCGAGGGGGUCCCUUUGUUCCCCGAUCUUCAAAUCACUUGCUCCAUUUCUCACCAGGUGGAGGCCAAAAAGGAUGAGAGUUGGCAGGGCACAGUGACAGACACACGCAUGUCAGAUGAGAUCGUGCACAACCUGGAUGGCUGUGAAAUUUCUCUGGUGGGGGAUGACCUGGACCCAGAGCGGGAAAGCCUGCUCCUGGACACGGCAUCUUUGCAGCAGCGAGGGCUGGAGCUCACCAACAUGUCUGCCUACCUCACCAUUGCUGGGGUGGAGAGCAUCACCGUGUACGAAGAAAUCCUGAGGCAGGCUCGUUAUCGGCUGCGACACGGAGCUGCCCUCUAUGCCAGGAAAUUCCGGCUUUCUUGCUCCGAAAUGAAUGGCCGUUACUCCAGCAAUGAAUUCAUCGUGGAGGUCAACGUCCUGCACAGCAUGAACAGGGUUGCCCACCCCAGCCACGUGCUCAGCUCCCAGCAGUUCCUGCACCGUGGGCACCAGCCUCCUCCUGAGAUGGCUGGACACAGCCUGGCCAGCUCCCACCGAAACUCCAUGGUCCCGAGUGCCGCGACUCUCAUCAUCGUGGUGUGUGUGGGCUUCCUGGUGCUCAUGGUCAUUCUGGGCCUAGUGCGCAUCCACUCCCUUCACCACCGAGUCUCUGGAACCAGCGGGCCCCCAGGGGCCUCCAGUGACCCCAAGGACCCGGACCUCUUCUGGGAUGACUCAGCUCUCACCAUUAUUGUGAACCCCAUGGAGUCCUACCAGAACCGGCAGGCCUGUGUGGCGGGGGCUGCCACUGGCCAGCAGGAGGAUGAGGACAGCAGUGACUCCGAGGCUGCUGACUCCCCCAGCAGCGAUGAAAGACGCAUCAUCGAGACCCCCCCACACCGCUACUAA